AUGAUACAUGACUUGGUCCUCCAUGGAUCUGCUAGUGCCACUUUUGUUAACAUUUUUUCUCAAACCUUCCCUUCAAUUGGCAGGUCUUCUUCUCAACGCUGUGUGGUCUACCGAGAGAAUUUACCUGGAUGCUUUGAAGAUAAUGCUUACCACCAAGUCCCUUCAAAGUUUUCAAGCUUUGAAAUUCAAGGCAGCUCACUAAUCAAGCUCUUCAACAGCCACUUCCCUGUCAAGACACUCAGCAAUGAAGCAUUCCAACAUCCAAGGCCACAAGAUACCUCACCACUUCAGCCCUUCAACAACCAUCUCCCCUCAAGAUUUUCAACAUAUAAACAUUCUAACACCCAAGGCCCCCAAGAUGCCUCACUACGCCCUUUCAACAGCCUCUUGCCCCUCAAGACCUUCAACAAUUGGCAUUACAUCCCAAGAUCCAAGGCCACCAAGUUACGUCACCUCUUGAGUCCUCUAACGGCCAUUCGUCCCUCAAGAUGUUUAACAAGUCAAGCAUCUCAGCAUUCAAGGUCACCAAGGUAUUUCAGCAAUGGAGAUUUUCGACCAACAGUUUCCACUCAAGGCGCUCACCAUCCUCUUUACGAAGGUGCCCCAUGA